GUUGCUCCGAAUCGUGCAGCUCGUGCAGGGCCGUUUAGGUGUCCAAACUGUAUGUUCCGAGGCUUAUCGGAAUACAACCCGGUGUAUAUAGCAUCGAUCAGUGAUUUCUUUUUUUCAUUUUAAAGUUAAAUCGUCAAAGGACAUAAUAUAAAAAAUGAAAUGCAGUAUAAAAAAUUGCAAAAGCUACAGCAAAUCAGGAUGUUUCCUCUAAACGAUGAAAAUUGUUUGGACAAAUGGAUUGUCGCUGUCGGAAAACCAAAUUGGAAACCGAAAAAAACAAGUAGAAUUUGUAGUCUGCAUUUUAGCGAAAGCGACAUUAUACAAAGCAUGGGAUAUCAUCGUUUUAAUUUGCGUAAAAACGCAGUACCGAACGAAUGUUCUUCGACUGUCGUGGAAAGAGAAACGACUAAUGCUCCAAUGUCAAAAUCAGAAGAGGUCUGCAAUGCUGUAAACAUUAGUGACAAUGAAACCAGUGUCUUGGACAAAAGUGCGACAUGGGAUAACAGUUGUUUGAACAAUAACGUUAGCACUGCGACCGAAAAUGAUGGAUCAAGUACAUUUGACGCUCGAGAUCCAAAUCAAUCGGCUCAAAAAGCAAUUUCUCACCUAGGAGAUAAAAAACACAGCCUUACUCAAACUGAUCCACAAGAGAUGAAUGCUACAAGUAUCAGCAAUUCUGUAAACUCUAGUGAAGUUUAUGUCCUGUGCAAAAAUGCUGCAUGGGAUCACGACUAUUCAAAGAAUGUUCUAUGUGAUGUUGCCACUACCGAGCAUGAUGGAUCGAGCAUACGCGGCGCUCAAAAUUCAAAUCAAGCGAGGGCAGGCGAGCGAAGGACAAUUGUUAAUCCAGUUCAAACGUAUAACAUUAUUAAAAUUGGUUCCAAAGAUGUUGUUGUGCCAGUUUCGUACAGUUCGACUGAUCCCGACUAUAAAAUAAGGAAGGAAGAUUAUGUUAAUGCUACAAAAAAGAUAAAUGAAUUAUCGAAGACUGUAAAGGAUAUGAAGCUAAAGAAUAGAACGUUACAGCAGAAGUUGAGAAGAUAUAACGAAAAAGUUACUUUAAUAAGAGAGUUGUUUGAUAGAUUGGAAGAGGAGAAGCUGAUUUCGGGCGAUGCUUUGCAAUUGGUAAAGAAACAGCUUGAAUAUCUUACGUUACGGACUUAUAAAAAUAAAGUUAAAAACAAAGAUUAACUGAAGAGAAUAGAAACUGAGGAAAAAACUAAUAGUCAACGUUAUACGGACGAGGGCAUUGUCCAAGUCGCCUGCGUCAUCAACCCUUAGAAUAUUAUUACUAUCUAUAACUGAUGCCUAGUUUUUAUGAUGAUGCUUUUCUCAGAGUUGAUGAAACUUUCGCCGGAAGAUUGUCGACAUUGCAAUCUCAUGUUUGACUCGUGUGGCACUUCAAAAGCAAUUAAUUCUCAAAAACAACAGGAUGAUAGGUACAUCUAUUAUGUGUAAAUAUGAAAUAGAAAAAGAAACAGAAAUAACAGACAAAUUUUUGUUGGAAAGGUUUUGUGAAAGCUUCUUAAUUACAAAACUUUAUUAAAGUUUUAAAAGAAGACAUAUGUUUUUUAAAUUUUUUAAUUUUUUCGAAUCUUAUGUACAAACAUUAAAUUAUCAGAAUUACCACAUAAAUUACAAUUUAUACAUUUUAUCAUAUAAUAUGACAUGUGUACUUGUGUGCCUCGUACAAUAAAUUUUAUGCACAAAAAAA